UACGACAGGUCAGGUAUGGCAAUUAUGACCAGUGGACAGUGAAACGUCGUAUGGAUUUAUCAAAAUGUGUAAAACCUAGAUAGACGGCUAGUAUUUUCACACAUCAAAAAAAGAAAAGACAUUUUCUUGUGGAAACAGCAGAUAUGCAGAGACAAUCUCCUGCCUUGGUGGUAUCCAAGGAGGAAGAUGUUGUGUCCCAUGGUUACGUCAUGUACGGCCUUCUGAAGCCAGGGAAGGACGGCAAGUGUGUAGAGUCUGCCGCAGCCAUGGUGAACGUCAUCCCUCGUAAACGAAUUUAUCGCAUGGGGACCUUAAACGAAUUAGACACUUUCCAAUCGGAGCUGAUGAAGCGUCCCCUGGUGAUCCAACCAGUCAUAGAUGCAGGAAGUGGGAUACAGAAGCUGAAUUGUUUUUUCCGUGUUCGUAAAGAAAAGUGGGUGAUGAUGUUGAACCAGAACCACCCAAAGAUCAUGGGCCGCAUUAUGAUGGGCAUCGACUCGGCCAAAAAGCUCAUGAAAAGAGGGGAGCCCUUCAUCCUGGAGUUUAUGUUGAGUAAUGUUGUGAGACGUCUGUACUACUCAUCCAUGGCAAACAAAGCUCCAAGCAAAUACCAGUAUAUUGACUGUCACCAUGGCGAUCUCAUCAUCAGAGGAGGUGGGGACUCCUUCCAUCAGGGAAUGAAGUGGGAGGUCAAGUCCCAGCACAUGCAGUUUGACUUUGAUGACCUCGAAGACUGUGAUUUAAUGGUGAGGACAUUGAAGGACGCAGCAUACGAACGACAGUCACCGCUUAUACAAGUCAUUCCAGAUCGAGAAUUGAGGCAGAUUUUGCCAGGUUGGACAUUUGAACAGGCAGAAGAGGAGGCGGAAGAGGAGGGAGAAGAAGAUCAGGAAUAUGCUUUUCAACUUGAAGGUAGUCAGAGUGCUUCUGUGUCCCAACAACCUGCUGCCCCUCAAAAGGGCCGCAUACGGGGACGUUCAAAUCGCGGUGGUGCCGCAGCAGCUUCACACUAUGAAGUCUCUGUAGAACUACAUGCGCCUGUUGAUGAACACGAGGAACCGCAGUGGAACGCUAAUGCUGCUACACAUCAACAUUACCAAAUGGACCGUAGGCAAUAUACUAACCUUAAUAAUGAAGGCACAGAGCAUGUGUACGAAGACACAAGAUCACGCUCUAGUGGUCCUAAUCAUUAUUACCAGGGCAGUGGUCGGUCGGGCUCGUCUGCUACCGACAGUGGGUAUGAAGGCGAGAAUGAUACUGGAGGAUUCGAAGAUAGAAAAUAUGGCCGCCUUUUACAGGCUAAAGGCCACAUUGAAGACAGAAAUGGUAGAGACUAUGCUGCCAAUGGACAGGUCAGAGGAUAUACGGAUAAUGGACAGCGUAAGGGUUACCCUGACAAUGUGCAAAGUAGUGGUUACCAAGACAACAGGCAAGACAUGGGGUACCCUGCGAACAGACAGGGCAGUGGUGUCCCUGACUACAGGCAGGGUAGUAGUAAAACGGACAGGGCAAAUGACAAGUACAACUAUGAUAACCCGGCCUUCAUGGCCAAUGAUAACUAUGGAAUUGUUGAACAGUCAGUAGAGCGGAACAAAGCGGUGGCAGCUCGUAUGCUUGGCAACCAUUCGCGGGGCCCGCCUGAUCACCGGUCCCGUACGGGAUACCUGCCUCCUUCUAAUAUGCCCACCAUUAGUCAGAGUAUUGAUACCCACGAAUCACUCAUGGGAGAGAGUGCCAUUUAGUGGCCUGCUAGGUGUGAAUCGAGAGUAUGUAAGAAAGUACGAUUUACAAUGACCAAAUUUUCAAAUGGAAAGCUAAUUUACUUUUUGAUAGUAAUUCUGAAAGAGAAUCAUGCUUUCCACAAAGAACUGUAUGUAAUCUGACGUAUAUCUGGAAAGUCCAAUGAAUUUUUUUUUAAUCAUUACAACUGUAAUGAAAUAUGUUUAAAGCCAGUAUAGUCAGGGAUCCGGAUUAGACAGGGCCCAGUUAAGCCAGGUUAUACUGUAAGGAAAAGGUACUACCGUAUUCGACCUAUUUAGUGCACUGUGUGCCUACAGAAACACGAUAGGGAUGUGCUUAAUAAACCGUGUACAGAGAAAAAAAUUCUUUUGUGAAAUCUGGGUGGAAAUGUUUUUUUAAACAAUUCAUUUACAUUAAUUUUUGUAGAAAAACAA